CAGUAAGAAGCUGAACAUUGCGGCAGAGGGAGGUAGCUGUCUGACUGCUGCAAGGAGCCGAUGAACAGACUCAGGGAAGAAGGUGCCAACAAAGAAGAAAAAUGAAUUACUUGCUGCCAGCAGUGAUUUUCUUUUUUGUACUACAGGCAUCCAAUGAGCAGAAAAUCACACGUCUCACAGCGUGUCAAAGUGGACGUGGCCCGACACUACGGAUAGACUGUCGAUAUCAGAACAUUACAAACAAUCCUCUGCGAUAUGAAUUCAAAAUAAAACGUAAUAAAGAGCCUGAGAUCAUCCUUACUACAAUAAACCUUAAUUACUUCACUGACAAGUAUCACAAUCGAGCCACUAUUCAUACAGCACGUGGUCUUGUUCAGCUUCACAUUGAACGAUUUAAUGCCUCUGACGUUGGUCUAUAUUACUGUACUCUGAACAUUCCUAAUGACCUCACUGUCAAUCAGACAGCCAAGAUCAGUGUCCAAAAAGACAAACUCGAGACUUGUGGUGGAAUGAGCAUUUUUUCCCCUUGUACACCGUGGCCUCUUCUUCUGCCCCUCAUUCUGCCUAUCCUCCAAGCUGGAGUCUUCUUAUCCUAGUGAAAAUCACCUUUUGAAGAAAAUAAUGUUUUGUAUCAACAUGGAGGAGAUAAGUGCUGAAUUCAUAUUGUUUUAUAAACAGCCUGUGGGUUUUUUUGCCAUUUUAUUUAGCAUAUUCUGUCCCUUUUAACAUAUAUACUGCAACAUAAUCAUAGCAAUGAAAUACGUCCUUCUAGUUGUCCAGUAAAGCAAAUUAUUAAUUGUCCAUUGCAGCAAUGCCAAAUUUGAC